AUGAAGUCCUUCUCCCCCGUUGCUCUGGCCUUGAUGGCCGCUUUUGGCAUGGUCGCCGCCGAGUCUGCUGCCUCGGAGUGUGCUACUAUGUGUCUCAACAACAUGAGCAACCUGGCCUCCGAGUUGGGUUGCAAGUCCGGUGACCUCGCUUGCCUGUGCAAGAGCGAUAACUACAAGUACGGUAUCCGUGACUGCACCAAGGAGGCCUGCCCCAACGACGACGCCGAGACGGUUCUCGCUAUGGCCGUCGCUAAGUGCCCUGGCGGUGUCGCGGGAUCUGACUCCACCUCCAGCUCCAGCUCUGACUCUAGCUCUACCUCCGGCUCUGACUCCAGCUCUACCUCCGGCUCUGACUCUAGCUCUACCUCUGGAUCUACCUCCGGUGCUGGUGGUGACUCCACUUCUACUGGCUCUGGUGCUACCGUGACCGGCACUGAUGCCUCUGGCUCCACAACCACUGGCGUCGCUGUCGUGACCCGCACUGAUGCCUCUGGCUCCAUGACCACCGAGACCGUGAUUGGCACUGGAACCUCUGGCUCCGAUGCUACCGUGACCGGCACUGAUGCCUCUGGCUCUACGACCACCGGCGUCGCUGUCGUGACCGGCACUGAUGCCUCAGGUUCCGCGACCACCGAGACUGUGAUUGGCACUGAAACCUCUGGCUCCGGUGCUACUGUGACCGGCACUGAUGCCUCUGGCUCCACAACCACUGGCGUCGCUGUCGUGACCAGCACUGAUGCCUCUGGUUCUGCGAUUACCAGCACCGUGAUUGGCACUGACGUCUCUGGCUCCGCGACCACCGCUACCGUGACUAGCACUGAUGCCUCUGGCUCCAAGACCACCGCUACAUUGACUGGCACUGAGGCCUCUGCCUCCAACACUGGCUCCGUUUCCACCAUCACUAGCACCGACGCCUCCGGCUCCAUGGUGACCAAGGUUAGCACCAGCACCUCUUCCACCUCCACUGGCGGCUCCGACAGCUCUGAGUCUACCUCCGACUCCGAUUCCGGCAGCUCUGAGUCUACCUCUGGCUCGGAUUCCGGCUCUGCUGCUCCUACAUCCAGCUCCGGUGCCGCUGCCCCCAUGGCCACUGUCGGCAGUGGUGCUAUGGGCGUCCUCGGCCUGGUCGCUAUCCUCGCUCUGUAA